AUGGCCCAAGCAACAGACAAAAUCUACCGCUCCUGGCCUCAUGGCCCGCCGACGUACUCGCAAGCCAACCCAGGCCAAGCCCGCGAUAUCACACAUAACAGCGACUGGAACUAUUCUCUCUUCGAUUGCUGUGACCCAGGUUCACUGUGCCUGAUGAGCUGGUGUCUCCCGUGUUUGACAUUCGGGAAAACGCAAGCUAGGAACCAUGAUGCUAGCUUGAAUAGCUUUAGUUACUGUAAUGCAGAUUGCACCAUUUUCACUGGUCUCGCUUUCAUUUACUCCCACUGGAUCAUCCAGACGAUCAGACGCGGUGAGAUGCGUGAACGCUUUGGUAUUAAGGGUAGCUGUUGUGGGGAUUGCUGUGUGACGUUUUGUUGUUCGUGCUGUGCUCUCAUCCAGGAGGAGAAGGAGGCGGAGCUGCGGACGAGAGCGGAGUUGGGGUAUCAGAUGACGCCGGGGAUGGAGUAUAAAUGAGCUCUGAUAUGCUAGGAGAUGGUAUACAUUUUUGAUUUGGUUCUUUUCACUCGUUACUGUAUUUUCUUUUUAGAUGGCAUCUCUUUUAUUCUUUUCCUUUGUUUACCAAUUUGUUGAUUUAAGUAUAUUUCCUCUGGAUAGUCACAAAGAGUGGUCAUAGUGCCC